AUGUCAGGCAUCUCCCCACCAUCAGAAGACCGAAGCCGAAGCCGGACAUCAGGGGAAUCCUCCUUUAGCGACCCAGAGCUUUUUAGCGGCCAGGCCUUGGUCCCGGCAGCAGCAACCAUUCUUAGGAUCCGCGAACCAGCCCCCACACCACAAAGGAAUGAGGGGUAUAGCUCGUCCUCCGCGGCGUCUCCCCCACAAAGGGGUCCCGAGCUUAGCGCAACACAAGCAACCUUUCUUGCAGGUGCCGCCGUGACACACGCCCACCACGCCUCCGGCGUUGCCUUGGGUGCUGCGUCCCUCGCGCACCAGGCUGCAGAGAGGGAACAGCAGACAGUUACUCAAGCUAGGGAGGCCGUAAUGCAAGCUAGCCUUCAAGCUGCAGCGGCCGAGGCACAGUACCGCGACGAGGCCCAGACGAUUGCACGGGCUGCGCAGGGUAUCGUGGAUGAUGCUAGGUAUCGAGAAGCUAGCCUUAGGCAAGAAGCCCAAUCCGCCAUUGACGCCACCACUCGUGAGGCUCAACAACGGGUCUCAAUGAUUCAAGGUGAGGCCCAGCAAGCCAUAGCCCAAAGCAACCAUUCGGCACAAGCUAGAAUAAGGUUAGUUGAGGGUGAGGCUAGGGGUUUAUCAGAAGCUCUCCGACAAGCCACUUUGGCACGGGAGCAGGCUGAGGUCGAUAGGCAGGAAGUGGUCCAGCGUUUGCGCCAACGUGACGCUGAUAUCGUGAGGCUAGCAGACGAGAUGGAGUCGAUGCAGCGGCGUCACGAGGAGGCAAUGGCCGUCAUGGCCGAGCGAUACCGUGAUCUGUCUGCUAAGUUUGUGGAGAGUAGCAACGCCCAAGCGCAGCGAACCCCCACAAGAACCCGUCUCUCUUUUCCGGAGAUGUCUUUCUCCCCGGACACAAGCCAAAAUGAUGCGGUCCAACAACCCACAACCCCUGUGAUCGAGCCAGUGCCUGAGGAACAAGAGACCUUAAGCACCCCGCUUGUCGCACAACCAACAGGCGAGAGCGAUGCGCCCCAAGAGGGUGCAGCCGCUGGCGCACCAGGGGGGGAGGCCAGCUCAGGGCCUCCCGAAGAUCCACAGCCUAUUUCGGUAGACCAAAGGGUUGAUGAAUUGGCUAAGUUGGUUUCCGAUCUAGCGAAGUUGGUCGCAGCUAGUGCCGCGCAGUCUGGUAGUGCAGCCGCGCCUUCGGGUGCAGCCCCAAGCGCACCAGCAGAAGCACAGUCCGACUCACCACCUCAGGUACCCACGUUGAACCUAGGAGGCACCGCUCAAGUCACAGCGCCCCCAGGCUCACCAGGGUCAGGCGGAUCAUCCAGCUCAUCGUCCUCAUCUGAUUCCUCAGCAAGGUCCGAGCACCCAGCAUGUAGGAUGUGUGGCUCUAAGAAACACGCAGAAGAGGAGUGCCCAGAGCUCACCUGCAACAAAGAUGGAGGUGAUGAUCCAGCCCCUGACGGUGAUGGGGCCGCAGCUUCAAGCGCGGCGGCUCCGAAGACCAAUGCAGAGCUUGAAGAGGACACCAUCAGAGUGAAAUCGCUUUCUGAUUUAUCCUUCCCAAACCCACCACAAAACGCAGCGCAAGCGAGAGGGUUUGUGAAUCAGACCUUGAUGGCCAUUGGAAAACUCCAGAAGACCCCAGGCGAUGAGGUGUACAUCUGGGCACAAGAUUGCCUAAAGAAGGAGCCUGCCGCACUUUGUAAGGAUGGGCGCUUCCCUCGCCUUGACCGCGAGAUCGCCGCUAAGCUUAUCAAAGUGUGUCGCCACGGUCGCUUCGGGUUGCUUUUCCAGCAGAUGGUCGAGUCUGAGAGGCUCAAGUCGGGUGGCAUGCCCAAUGGUCGCUGCAUGUUGCGCGCCAUUUAUCGGCACUUCCAGCUGGAACGUGACCGCAUGGGAAUGUUAGCAGAACGCAACCUUCUGAACAUUAAGAUUGGAGGGGAUGGUAUUUCCCAUCUGGAGGCAUUUCGUGAUAAGUAUCACUACGUCGCCAAUACCAUUCCUGUAGAGGAUCUCCCUAAGGACAGUACGAUCUUCAAUCAUCUGAUCGAUGAGUUCGAAAAGGUUUCAGUUCUUAAGCCCAAGGUAGAGAAGGCAAGGGAAGCAAGACCGGGAUCACACCGUCGCACCGCUGCAUGGUUGUGGAACCGCGUUGACAUUGCAAUCGACUUGCACCAACAGCGUGUCAAUCGACAGGAGUUCGAUAAGUCCUUGCAACAGAAGCCAGAGACCUUGACUUCCACCUCCCAGCCUUCAAAGCCAAGUGUGCCCGCAACACCCGCACCGGGUGCUGCCGCAGGCGCACCGAAAGGAGGCACUACCGACAAGCCGCCGAAGAAGGAGAAGAAAAAGAAGAAAAAGAAAAAGAAAGACGAGGGCGAACCCGAGGUUGAGGUCCCAGGCGCACCUGCCCCAAAGGGUAAGGGAAAAGGCGGAAAGGGCGGAAAGGGCAACGGAACACCACGAAGCCCAAAAGGUGGUGAUACGACGCCCAGAUCUGCUCAGGCCAAAAGCGCCAGGAACAUGACCCCGGAGGAGAAGGCCAAGACACCGUGUAUGUUUUGGGCGUUCGGCGCCUGCAAAGGCGACCCCUGUCCGUUCCUUCACGACAGCAAGAACAAGUACACUGGUCCUAAGCCCAAGUCACUUGCAAAGCCAGACGCUAAGGCUAAGCCUAAGGCAAAGGCGAAGGCGAACGCUGCAACGGCACCGUUAAUCAAUGCUCUCCCCGCCGAGCUGAACCAGGAUGGCAAGAUCACCUGGCUUUGGGACACGGCAGCAGGUAGGCAUUUGAUAGGUCGCCAGGCGCUUUCCUCCAAAGCCCUUUCCUGUGUCACCCGCUCCGAGACACCUGUUGGUUUUGCCACUGGUGGCGGCGCGCGUGAAGGCACUCACAGCCUCGCGUUUGAGGGCAGCCGGUUGUUACCUUCAGAGGAGCAGGUCUACGUACUUAAGGAGUGUCCGCCAGCCUUUUCUGUAGGUAAAGCUGUCCUUGACGAGGGAUCCUUGUUUGUCUGGGACCCUCGAGAGCACCGUCCGUACUUCGUGAAGAAAGAGGACGUGCACCGCUGCAAGCUUCGUAUCCCGCGCAAAGCGAGGAUCAAUGCGACCAGGGUCGUAGAAUAUGUCCCCCAGUUCGAGGAGACAUUGCGCCCGGCAGUAAGGGAGCAGAGCCCAAGCCUAAGCCCCAUUACUGCAUCGGCAUCCCCUGCGCCGAAGGAUGAUGAUACUGUGUCGUUCAGCGAUUUCGAGGUCGCAGAUCUUGAAGAGGCUGAGGCAAGCUAUCCCCGCACAACCUCUGGCGAUUAUGAUUGGGAAGCCGACGUCGUCGAGAAGCAUGCAGAGAAGAAGGCUGAAGCAAAGCGGCUUUUUCGUGAAGGCGCUGUAGGUGAGACAGCUGCCAGUGAAAGCUCCGAAGAAGAACUUUUUCCUGAACUCUUCAAGGGAAAGCCCGCAAGUACGCAACAGCCUGCCGAAGGCACAACAGCAAAGGAGGCUGCCUCAGGUCUUUUCCUAGGGUGGCGGAUAGACGCAGGCAUGCGCUAUCGCAAUGUUGUUAAGGUUCUUGAUUACAACGACUUUCGUGGUAAACGCAACACGUCUGUCCACGACGUGCCAGAACCUGAGUUGUACAUAGAGGACGGUCCGCCCAUCUUCCCAGUCGCGAAUGCAACCCGCAAGGCGCUUGUAGAUGGCUCCACCUUGAGUGCUGCCUCCGGCGCACUGCCCGAGAUCCCAUUGCGGGAGAUUCCCUUUGCUCUUGAAAGCAUCGGGCCGCCGGCAGACAAGGAAGAAGCUGCUGCAAGGAGGGCUGCGCUUCGCGCCCUGGGAGAGUCACCAGAGACUCCCGCUCGGGGAAAGGAUCUUGAACUCACUGGGUUGUACACGCAAGAGAUGUGUGAGCGCAUCGCCUUUGCCAUCAACCCCAGUAGGGCCUAUAUCUCGGUUCCUGCGAUGCCGAUCUUGCCCACUUCCACAACCACUGAACACCGCGAAAAGGAACAGGAACUGAAGCACGUUUCCGCUCUCAGCGGAUACGAGGACCUUGCCGCCGUAAUAGAGUCCGACCAGGAGGCUUCUAAGCUCGUAGAAGAGGUCGUCGACCUUUCCGCCCUGAUGUGUGCAGUUCAUGGCAUACCUAAGGAAGCACCCUCAAAAGAGGUGUCUGCAAUGGUGACGAAACUUCUCUCUCGGGCCGAAAUGCUCUCCUCACCUGAGGCCCUCAAAGCGGUGAAACAGGAAGCAGACGGUCUUCGCGCAGUUCCAGUGUGGGACGAAACGAACCCGCAGGAAUACGCUAGCGUCCAAGCGCAAGCGCGCCGCACGGGCACUAAGGUACACUUCGGCAAGCUGAUGAGCAUUGCGUCCAUCAAGUUUUGGGAACUUGCCAAGCACCUUCAGAAGGUUAAAGGCCGAAUCGUGUACCGGGGUGACUGUGCGAAGGACGAAGAGGGCGCCGCAGCGGUUUACAGAGAGUUAGGUGCAAACCCCACCUCUGUUCAGGGACUUAAUGCCUGUUUAGCUUACGGUAGCUUACCUGGCCAUCAGUCCAGUGCCGCAGACGCCGUCAAAGCGUAUGUGCAAGCUCUCCUUAAAUCCAAGUACCAAACUUGGAUAGAGCUACCACCUGAACUUCGUCCUGCUUGGUGGCGUGAGUGUUUUGCAAAACCAGUAGUGCUGCUUCUACGCGCACUGUACGGCCACCCAGAAGCGGGCGGACUGUGGGAGAAACACCUUAAGGAGGUUCUUAGGAAUAUGGGUGGACAAGAACUGCCGGAAUAUCCAGGUAACUUUUGGUUUCCUGAGACUAAGCUCCUUCUUUCCACUUAUGUAGAUGAUCUUACCCUCUCUGGACCACAGGAGGAGCACCAACCGUUUUGGGAUGCUUUAUGUAAGGUUGUUGAUGUAGAACCCCCGGAGCCUGUGUAUAGGAUCUUAGGCCGCAACCAUUGCACUAUCAACGCCGAGCUCGAAGGCACCGAGAAUGCUGCCCUAGGCGCAUUAAAGGGUGCCAUGGCGUUUGAUAUGUUUGAUUACGCACAGCAGACAGUAGACCUAUACAAGGGCCUUACUGGCCUUAAGACUCUAAAGCAUGCUGCCACACCUUUCGCUCCUGAGGCUUCACUUCCAGUAAGUCAAGAGGAGAUUGCUGGGGAGCUGGCUCCUAACGCAUGUAAGGUGCUGAUGAAGGCCCUUUGGCUAGGCAGACUUGCACGUCCUGACUUAGUCAAGCCGAUAGGUGACCUCGCGACCAAGGUGCAAAAGUGGUCGAGGAACGAUGAUAAGAAGCUUCUUCGCCUGAUAAGCUACAUCGAUUCCACUAAGACCCACCGCCUUGUAGGCACUGUAUCGGACGGGCCAAGGGAGCUGCAUCUUGCGCUCUACGUUGAUGCCGACUUUGCAGGGGAAAGGGACGAUGCCAAAUCCACCAGUGGAGGUUUCUUAGUCCUGAAAGGUCCCAACACCUUCUUUCCUCUUGCAUGGGUGUCCAAGCGCCAGACGUCUGUGAGUCGCAGUACCCCAGAGUCCGAGAUUGUGUCUUUAGCUCAUAGCCUCUUCCAAGAAGCACUUCCGGCAUUGCAGCUCUGGCAGACCAUCCUCGACUAUCCGAUCAGGUUAGUCAUUCAUGAGGACAACCAGGCUACGAUCCUAGUUGCGAAGAAGGGCUAUUCGCCAAAACUUAGGCACAUAGCGCGCACCCAUAAGGUCAAUCUGGGUUCCAUCUCUGAGGUGAUUGAUGAGGAUGAUGUAGACAUUGAGUAUGUCGAUACAAACUUGCAGGCUGCCGACAUCUUCACUAAAGCACUUCCACCGCAAAAGUGGGAUAAUGCGUUGAAGUUGUUAGGCAUGCGCCAGAAGCUUCCCGAGAUUCUGGUAGACACGAGACAGCUCAAGACCAAAGCCGGUAGUGGCCCUACCACCUCUCCCACUUCGGGGUCUAGUCCCAAGUAG